AUGGUGAAGGAGGAAGCAAAAGAGCCGGUGAAGUUUGAGCUGAAGAAUCCAGUGUCUGCCACCAGUGGAGCGGUCCAGUGCAGGGAGGAUGUGGUUUGGGUGAAGGUCAAGCAGGAUUUCCUUGGGAAAGGCCCUCCCAUUGUAAGAACAAAUGAGGUUGGAGUUGAAUGCCAUUACAUCAGGAAGCACAAUGUGACCAGUAAUGCUCUGAAGCCUACCUGGGUUCCCUUUGCCUCCACCAAGGUCGCAGAGCAGCAGCUGGUCUUUUCUCUCAUGCUCAUGACCUUUUCUUCUCUUUCAGAUGACUGGCAAUUUGAGAGGCCCUCCAGUAUCUACUUUCUGGGGCAUGUCAUGAGCAUUGAAGCCUCCAUUAUCCAAGCCCACCACACAACUCUCCAUGUCUACGUGGACAGCUGUGUGGCUACGCUGGCCCCUGAAAUGGCCUCUAAACCUAGAUAUUCCUUCAUUGAGAACCAUGGAUGUCUGACUGAUGCUAGACAGACAGGCUCAAAGUCCCACUUCCUGCAGCAAAUCCAGGAUGACAAACUCCAGUUUCAGCUUGAGGCCUUCAGGUUCCACCAAGAUGAGAGGAGCUCUAUGUACAUCACAUGUCAUCUGAGAGCAAGGUCGGCCUCUGCUUCCAUUGACUCAGAACACGAGGCUUGCUCGUUUACUACAGAGGCAAACCGGUUUGUCUAUGGGGAUUGA